AUGGAAAACUUCGCCCUCGACGCAACUCACAAAGGCGGCCUGACCAUACAGCACUACCUCGACUGCUCGCCCAACGUCGUCAACAUCUUCAAGGAGGUCAACAAGCUGGUUCUUGUCGUCACCAUUGGCUUGGUCUCCGUCUCUCUGCUUCGCACCUUCCGUCCCUCGACGUCUCCACAAGCAUCCUAUGUUAUCGAAGGCCUCUCCUUUGGCCACAAGGGCGCCAUCUCGCCAAACGGUCGUGCCGUACCUGGUUGGCACCUUUCUGGAGAGAACCACACUCCUCAACUGCUCUCGGAUCGCAUCAUUCUCACCCCUCCAGCUCCCGGUGGUACACGAGGCGCUAUCUUUGCCGAUAACCCCAUCACCCAGCCCGAGUGGAUUGUCGAGACCGAGUUCCGUGCUUCGGGUCAAGAGCGUGGCAGUGGUAACCUGAACUUCUGGUUCGUCGAUACCGGCCGUUCCGCUGUCGGUCAGAGCAGUAUAUACACCGUUGGCAAGUUUGACGGUCUUGCACUCGUCGUCGACCAGUAUGGUCCCCGUGGAGGUUCUAUCCGUGGUUUCCUCAACGACGGCUCGGCCAACUUCAAGGACCACCACAACGUCGACAGCCUGGCGUUUGGUCACUGCGACUAUGCAUACCGUAAUCUGGGUCGUCCCAGCAAGCUGCGCAUCGAGAACGGUCCUCAUGGCCUCCGUGUCGACGUCGAUGGCACGCCCUGCUUCCACAGCGAAAAGGUCAACCUUCCUCCUGGUUACUUCUUUGGUGUCUCUGCCGCUGCCUCCGAGAACCCCGACUCUUUCGAGGUCUACAAGUUUGCCGCAUCCACCACAACCUCCAUUACACGUGAGGAGCCCAAUACUGAAGCAAAACGUCAACAUCUCGAGAAGCUCGACAAGUUCCCUGGUUCUCCCGAAUCUCUUCCCGAUGCCGAUGCCGGCACUAUCCUGGACCAGGUCCACCAGUUCGCUGAUCUCCACAACCGCCUUCAAGCAAUGAACCACCAGAUCGCAAACCUGUUUGGCGAGUUUGAGCGUGUUUCUCGCCAGAUGAACGAUCAUCAUGCUGAAUUGAUGUCCAAGGUUGCUGGUACCAACGCUGGUGAUUCCAGUGACAAGUCCCAACAGCCUACUGGCGAUGCCCUGCUUCCCCUAAGCCGUCGUGUUGAGAACAUUGAGCGUAUUGUGCUCGCCGUCCAACGUGAUGUUGAGGGCAAGGACUACCGUGAGCAUUUGACAAACCUACAGCAGUCUAUCGAGGGUGUUCGUGGAGGCUUGACUGAGCAUCUCCCUGAGACCAUCUCUCACACCCCUAAGAUGGGCAUGUUCAUCUUCGUCGUCAUUGCCUUCCAGGUCAUGCUCGCCGGUGCCUAUAUCAUCUACAAGAGACGCAGAGCAAAUGCUCCCAAGAAGUACUUGUGA